GAAGCACAGGACCCUUUUACUACUGUGGGAGUGGGAUCAGAGCUGAGCCAUGAUCUGGAAGGGGCUGUGUGUCCUGUUCCUGUUGCCCCUGCUGCCCUCCAGCAGUCAGCGGGGUGUGGAGCCUUAUGACCUGAUGUAUGACAGUGGGAUAGAAGCGUAUUACAGGAACGACUACCAGAAAGUGGUGGACUUUAUGGAAAACGCUAUCAGCAGCUACACUACGCUGAGGCAAACUAAGAUCACAUGCAGGUUGGACUGCAGGGACAAGUAUCCUGUGGAGCUGCAGCCCAGAGAUUGGGAUGUGAGCUUUUUCAGUGCCAUGCUGGCCAGAGCGGCUUGUGUGAACCGGUGUGAGGAGAGCAUACUGGGGGCAGUGUCCAGACACAGGGUCAGCGAGGACAUCAAGAGUGAAUUCUACAGGAGAGUUCCCUACAACUUCCUACAGAGGGCGUACUUCAAGUUAAACCAGUUGGAUAAAGCUGCAGAAGCUGCCCAUACAUUCUUCAUGGCCAAUCCUGAGCACAUGGAAAUGCAGCAGAAUCUAGAGGACUACCACAAGAAUUCAGAUGUCCAUUUGGUGGAUAGGGAGCGCCUCAUUCAUAUGGAGGAUUACCAUGCGGGGGUGAAGCUGUACGAUGCAGAGCAGUAUGAGCUGGCGAUCCAUCGCUUAGAGGAUGCACUCCAAGGGUAUUACAGGGCCGAUGUUGAGUGCAGAGCAAUGUGUCUGGGUCCUCACAAGUUUGAUGAAUAUGAACAUGUGAAAUAUAGCGCUACUCUCUAUGAAGCCAUUGCAGAUCACUACAUCCAGAUACUAGCGUGUGAGCAUGAGUGUGUGCGGGAGCUUGCCACACGCCCUGGGCGCUUAUCACCUAUUGAGAAUUUUCUUCCGUUGCAUUAUGACUUCCUGCAAUUCAGCUACUACAGAGUUGGUGAUAUCAUAAAAGCCUUGGAAUGUGCCAAGUCCUAUCUGCUUUUCCAUCCUGGGGACACGGAUGUGUCUGAAAAUGUGAGCUUUUAUGAAAGCCUGUUACCUGAGCAUGUGCGUCCAGAGGAUAUUAAACCUAGAAAAGAAGCUGCUCAGUUUGUUAAACAUCAUAUUUUUGAGUCUGAAAUCAUUCAAGCCGCAGCUGCUGGCUUGGGGUUUUCAUAUGAUGAACCGGAGUUCUGGGUUACUGGCGGAGAUCGGCAAGAUGAAAACAGUGUUCCCCCUGUGGCGAAUGAUGAACUGACAGGUGUCACUGGACUCUUAUCUGGAAAGAAGGCUGUUCAGAAAAUUGACCGAGAGCUAAGAGAGGGAGGUCCUCUGAUUUAUCCAGACGUUAAACUUGUCUAUAACUCUGCACACCUGAAUGGCACACAGAGGGUACAGCUGGACAACGUUAUAUCUGAUGAGGAGUGCAGAGAGCUGCAAAAACUUGCCAAUAUCAUAACAAUAGCUGGUGAUGGAUACCGAGGGAAAACCUCUCCCCAUACUCCAAAUGAGAAGUUUCAAGGGGCCACAGUUCUAAAGGCAUUACAGCUUGGGUAUGAAGGCCAUGUACCAAUGAAGAGUGCCCGCUUGUUUUAUGAUGUCAGUGAAAAAGCCAGAAGUAUUGUGCAGUCAUAUUUCAUGCUCAAUACAACACUUUUUUUCUCCUACACGCAUCUGGUUUGCAGGACAGCUCUACAGGGUCAACAGGAUAACAGAAAUGACCUGAGUCACCCAAUUCAUGCUGACAACUGUUUACUGGAUCCAGAGGCCAAUGAAUGUUGGAAGGAGGCUCCAGCCUACACAUUCAGAGAUUACAGCGCUCUCCUGUAUCUAAAUGGAGAUUUUGACGGAGGAGAAUUUGUGUUUACUGAAAUGGAUGCCAAAACCGUCACUGCUUCCAUAAAACCUAGGUGUGGUCGUCUGGUUGGUUUUUCUUCUGGAGGAGAGAAUCCCCAUGGGGUAAAAGCUGUGACCAGAGGACAGAGAUGUGCUGUUGCUCUGUGGUUCACAUUAGAUCCAAUGAACCGUGAACUGGAGCGGCUACAGGCAGAUGAAGUUAUAAGAGCGCUGGACCAGGAAAGUCAGGGUGGAGGAUUAAGCGAAGAUUUGAAUAUCAACCCAAGAGAUGAACUAUAACAGGGCUAUUUAACAAAGUAUUUAUUAAUUAUUAAUAAUCUUAUUAGACAGUUUUAUUUUUGUACAAAGCAUUAAUUGUAAUUUAAAUGGAAAACAAUGUGCUUAAAAUACUGAAUGUUUCUCUUCUAAAGCGUGUGAGUUUUAUUCUUAGCGUUUGUUUACUGUCUGAGAGGUAAACAAAUACCGUGGAGUAUAGGACUGUUCUUUAGCACUUACUGUAAAGUAAAGGGAUUAUUAACCAAAAGGCAAAUUGGUUUAUUUUAUAUAAUCUAGACAUUGUUUUUCUAAUUAAAGGUAAUGUGGUUGCAAAGUUUGAAAAGCCUUAUCACGAUUGCAGUGAAAGGAUAGCCUACUCAGGACCACUUUGCACCAAAAUCACAUUUUAUACAUAACCAUCAUGUUCUAUAAAAUUGUAUACAAGUAUUUAUUUGUGGUGCCCUGCAUUUACUGUUCCAAAGUAUGUGCUGGCAGCCAUUCUGCUU